AUGAACAAAGCCAUAGCGAUUCUCGUCGUAAUUGGCGGUGUAGCCCUCGCCCAAAGCGGUAUGGGCAAUUCCCGUGGAUCGUGGGGUCAGGAAGGCCAAGUUGAUGGAGAUGGACGAGGAGGAAGAGGCCUAGGAGGCAGAGGCGGUCCUGGCGGACGUGGUGGCCCAGGAGGAAGAGGCCGUCACCAUCCUCAUGGACCACCACCACCACCGUAUCUACGAAAUGUAAGCGAAUCCGCUAGGAGGGAGUGGUUUGCAAUUGUGAAAAACAUGACUUUGACUAUUGCCGAGCAAAAGAACGAGAUUAAUGCAUGGGGAGAAAAAUAUGGAAUUGCCGAUGAAGUUGCUGAAUUUAACGCUAAUAUGACUAGAUUCAAGCAAGAGAUUAGACAAAAUGUUACCCAGCUCGUCUCUGAACUUCCACAAGCUGUGCAGAGAGUAUCUGAAAUUAUGGACAACGAAGACCAAACUCCUAAGCAACUUUUUGAGGCUCUCAAAAACCUUAACGAUGAGAAUCCACCUGAGUGGUUUGCAAUUGUAAAAAACAUGACUUUGACUAUUGCCGAGCAAAAGAAGGAGAUUAAUGCAUGGGGAGAAAAAUAUGGAAUUGCCGAUGAAGUUGCUGAAUUUAACGCUAAUAUGACUAGAUUUAAGCAAGAGAUUAGACAGAAUGUUACCCAGCUCGUCUCUGAACUUCCACAAGCUGUGCAGAGAGUAUCUGAAAUUAUGGACAACGAAGACCAAACUCCUAAGCAACUUUUUGAGGCUCUCAAAAACCUUAACGAUGAGAAUCCACCUCUCUACCACGUUGUUAAAUUCGCUAAUGAAGUGUUUAUGAGAAGACCACAUGGACCACGUGGUGGCAAAGGAGGGAAAAGAGGAAAAGGUGGACCAUUCGGUGGACCCGAUGAUGUGCUUGAAGGAGAUUUCCAACAAGGUAACGGUUUUAAAGGUCGAAGAAGCAUGAAUGGAUUCCAAGAAGAGAAUAACCGUGGAUUCAGAGGAGCUCGGUUUUGA